AAAAUGGUACCGCUCCAUUCACCUCUCGAAUUUUGAUUUCCUUCUCUCUUUCACCAAUCAACACAAACUAAGUUCUUCCUUCUGUUGAAAGCGAUAGCAAUGGCCACGAAUCCAAUCGAAGCGGGGAACGGCGACGCUGCUCCCAACCCUAACGCGACUACCAAAUCCUCCGUGUACCUGCAAGACUCGGAGGAGCUGAAGCGAGUCUUCAGCCGCUUCGACGCCAACGGCGACGGCAAGAUCUCCGUCUCGGAGUUGGACAACGUCCUCCGCUCCCUCGGAUCCGGCGUCCCGCCGGAGGAGCUCCAGCGUGUCAUGGAAGACCUUGACACCGAUCACGACGGCUUCAUUAACCUCUCGGAGUUCGCCGCCUUCUGCCGCUCCGACACCGCGGACGGCGGCGACACCGAGCUCCACGAUGCCUUCAACCUGUACGAUCAGGACAAGAACGGCCUCAUAUCCGCCACGGAGCUCUGCCAGGUGCUGAACCGCCUCGGAAUGAAGUGCUCCGUGGAGGAAUGCCACAACAUGAUCAAAUCCGUGGAUUCCGACGGCGACGGCAACGUCAACUUCCCCGAGUUCAAGCGGAUGAUGAGCAACAAUCGCGAAAAUGCUAGCAAUGCUGAAGAAAAAACAGAUUAGGCACUUUGGAUUUGAAUUUUAUAGAUAGGCUAGGCACUUUCGCUGCACAAUCUCUUGACUAAUAAAUCUAGUCAAUCGUGAAUUCAAAAUUUGCUCUGUUUAUUUGUUGCAAGUCGUGCUUAAUUGGUGGCUAUAUUGACGGAAUCACGCCGUGACGAUUUAUGCGUGUUCAAUGGUCGGCUUUGAAGAAGAAAUUCUGGCAUUCGGAAUCACGCCGUGAUGAUUUAUUCUUGUUCAAUGAUCACGCCGUUAAUUGAUAUAUGAAAUUUUAAUUGGAUACUGGUACUAUUUGUAUAAUCGAAAAUAUCUGUACGUAGAGUGUCACAAACACAAGAAGAAACGGAAAAUGGUGAUACUGACAGGGCCAUGGAAAUUGCGAGCAGCGCAAUUCAAUGGCCGUACUGGUACAUCCUAGUGGAUGGAAAAAAAAGAUGUGUCAGAGGACAUUUAAUAUCAGACAACGUGGUUGAAGGAAUAUGUUUCAGUUUGGGAUUA